AUGAUUUAAUAAUAAGAAUAUGAACUCUUUUCAUUUACACCAAUCCUUUAAUCAAUUUCAUUAGACAACAACGAUUUACCAACAUAUUCAACAUACACAUACGAUUUAUAUGAGAAAAAAUUUAGAAGAAUAUCUAAGUUUGUUAAUUUUGAUUAAUUGAAUUAUGUUCCAUUAUAUGCUGGAUUAACUAGAAUUUCAAAUACAAAUGAUUUCUUAAUUACUGGUGGAGCAGUUUUAUUGGAAGACAAUUAAGAUUAAUAUUUUUCAACAAAUUUUUGCAUGAAAAUAACAAUAAAUUAAGAUAGUGUAUCAAUAUCAUCUUUUGAUUCUAUUUAAUAAAAAUAAAUAUUACCAUUAUUGAAAUAUGCAAGACAUAAUCAUAAGAUAUUUGAAUUAAAACUUAAUGAUAAAAGAGCUUUUAUAGUGGUAGGUGGAUAAUGUGUAAAUGAUAAUUAAUUUAGUGUUUUAAAUUCUUGUGAAAUGUUAAUAGAAGGAUCAGAAGAAUGGGUUGAAAUAGCACCCUUAUAAAAAAAUAGAACUGGAUUUUCAGGUUUUGUAUAAAAUAAUAAAAUUUAUAUUUUCUGUGGUAUAUCUGGUUUUACACAAAAUAAACAAGAAGUAAUUCCACUUACAAUAAUUGAAGUUUACAACCCAGAUACAAAUUAAUGGGAAUAAAUUAAAUAUAAAUGUCCUUUAGGUAUUUCAAUAGGUUUAGAUUGUCUUUGCUUACCUAUUAAUGAUACAAAAGUAUUGAUUUUUGGAGGAUCAAAAGAAUAAAGUGGAGAUUAGAUUUUGAUAAUGGAUUAAGAUAAAAAGGCAUUUAUAAAACAUUCAUAAAAAUUAUCCACUCCUAGAGCUAAAUGUUAUGGAAGAUUCUCUAAAAAUAUUUUAACAAAGAAAAUAGUACGAGAAAAUAGUAUUAUUUAUUCAUUUAAUAUUAGAUCAAGAAAUCAUAUAAGAGGAAUAAAAAAAUUUAAUAAUAAUCUUAGGUGGAAGUAGUUUCUUAUUAGAUCUUGAGGUUUAUCAAUUGUUAGAUGAAGAUAAUCUUUAAAUAAAAUUACUUUAAAAAUAUGAUUUUGGUGAUGUUUUAGAUAAAGAUUAUGAAAUUUAUGAACUUCCUAAUAAAACUUCAUGGAAUUUUGUAUUUUAAAGUUUACCAAUUUUAACAGAAUGA